UCGCCUCGCCUCGCAUCCUUCCCUCACUCCUCUGCGAUCCCUGCUCAGCUUGCGCGCUCUUGCCGUCGGCCGUCGCUGAGUUCUCGAAGAAGAAGAAGAAGCCAUGGGUCACUCUAACGUCUGGAACUCUCACCCCAAGAGCUACGGCCCUGGUUCUCGCGCAUGUCGCGUGUGUGGGAAUCCUCAUGGUUUGAUUAGGAAGUAUGGACUCAUGUGCUGCAGACAGUGUUUCCGCAGCAAUGCCAAGGAGAUUGGCUUCAUCAAGUACCGCUAAAGAGCUGAUACUCUCUGCCCCUGGCGAUUUCCCGGUGCAAGCACUCUUUUAGAGAUCUAGAUUUGCCAUAAUUUUAAAUAUGAUUUUGUUUUGAUGUCAUUGUCAUUGGAGCCGACUUUGGACUUGAAAUUUGUAAGGAUUGCCUAUUUGAGUUCGUAAGGAUCGCGCCUAGAUCGCCUAUUUGAGUUCGUAAAACUCUAAAUUUUCUUGUUCAUUGCUUGCCUCCCCCAGUAUUUGCACUUUGCCCUUUUUGAUGAUGAUGUGCAGUGGAAGUUGAGCUCUCUCAUGAUA